ACUUUCAAAGGUCUUACGCCGAUUCUCACACUCUGAAUGAAUCUUGGAGUGAAGAUGAUGCAGAAGAAGAUGGCUGUUCUCUACCAUUACCCUUGCCACGACGGCGUUUUCGCAGCUUUAGCAGCUCAUCUCUACUUCUCAGCAAACUCAAUCCCUUCACUGUUCUUCCCCAACACAGUCUACUCUCCGAUCACAAUCAGCCAACUUCCACUUGAAGAAAUCAGCCAUCUCUAUCUCCUCGAUUUCACUGGACCUCCUGGUUUCGUUCAAGAACUCUCUCCUCAAGUCGACAAUGUCGUGAUCCUCGAUCACCAUAAAACCGCUAUCGAGACCUUAGGUGAUGAUGAUGUCUCUUCCACUUGCAAGAACGUUACUAGUGUUUUGGAUAUAGAUAGAAGCGGUGCCACCAUUGCGUUCGACUAUUUUACUCAGAAGCUGACUGAUGAAUGCAAGGAGAUGAAUGAUUUCAAGAGGAUGAGACGUGUCUUCGAGUAUAUAGAAGACGCUGAUAUAUGGAAGUGGGAGUUACCAGAGAGCAAAGCAUUCAACAGUGGGAUCUUGGACUUGAAGAUUGAGUACGACUUUAAUCUAAACCAGUCGUUGUUUCAGCAGCUACUCUCGUUGGAUCAUGAAACUGUGAUUAACAGAGGAAAACAGAGUUUGUCUAAGAAACGUAAACUGAUUCACGAGGCGUUGGAGCAGUCUUAUGAGAUUGUUCUUGGAGGAGGUUGUGAUGAAGAGUUUGGACGGUGUUUAGCUGUGAAUGCAGAUGAUGAGGUUGCGGAGCUUAGAAGCGAAUUAGGGAAUCAGUUGGCUGAGAAGAGUAAGAAUCUGAAAUUUCGAGGUAUUGGAGCUGUUGUUUACAGAGUUGCUGAGCUUGGAGAUGAGAAGAAACUGAAAAUUAGUCUGAGGAGUGUUGUAGAAGAAGACACAACUCCGGUUUCUCA